AGAGAGAGAGAGAGAGAGAGAGAGAGAGAGAGAGAGAGAGAGAGAGAGAGAGAGGAUGUCGUUCAAGAUUCCGUUCGGUGGUCUUUCCAGGAGCUCAAGCUCGCCGCGGACGUCUAUCGACGGGAGCUACCCCAACGUCCUGUUACACGGCAAGCUCCUAUUGACCGUCUCCCGCGCCAGAAAUGUCCCGAAGGUGGGAACAAUGGCGACGAAUCUCAUGAAGAGCUCUCUGGGUAUGUUUUCCAAGGUAAUGAACGUGGGAUCGAAACUCACCGAGGCCGUUGGCAAUCACAGCGAUCCGUAUGUUGUGGUUGACAUUGCCGGUGCUCGCGUUGCAAGAACCUGUGUCAUCAAUAACUGUGAAAAUCCUCAGUGGAAUGAGACUUUCAGCAUCUACGUGGCGCAUUUCACUGGGACCAUUGAUUUCACCAUCAAGGACCAGAACUUGAUUGGUGCUGGUGUCGUCGGCACCGUCCGUGUUCCCGUUGAAGCCUUGGCCGUUGCUAAUCAACCCAAGGGCGGAUCUUUCGAGAUUUUAAAAUCCGACGGCAGCAGCUAUCCGGGACGAUGCCUUGUUGAUGUCAGCUGUCAUUAUAAGCCUGCACAGAGUUUACCUGGGUGGUAUUUUGUCCCCCAUAUGGCGGGUCAAAUUGUCCCCGCCUUUGGGUACUUAAGGUCCGAUUCCGCGGCUGCGCCUGGUGUGCCGGGUACUUAUUUCCCCUUGAGGCGGGGUUGUCGUGUCACACUGUAUCAAGAUGCCCACGUGGCAGAUGGGGCCCUCCCGGAGAGCAUAAGGCUGGACGGUGGGAGAAUGUACACACACGGCAGGUGCUGGGAGGACAUCUGUGCCGCGAUUCAAGACGCUAAGUUCAUGAUUUAUAUAAUUGGGUGGUCGGUCUAUGACAAGAUCAAGCUGAUUAGGGACCCUAGAAGGCCGAUGGGUGAUGGGAGCCAGCUAACCCUGGGAGAAUUGUUGAAGAAAAAGGCGGGCGCCAAUGUCAGGGUACUGCUCAUGAUUUGGGACGAUAAUACAUCGAGGAACAAUGAGUACAUGAAACAAGGCGUGAUGAAUGUUCACGAUGAGGAGACCAAAGCCUAUUUCCGUCAUUCGGCUGUCAAGUGUGUGCUUGCUAAGCGAACGGCUGAUUCUAAUAUCUCAAUGAUUGGCAAAAUGAGCACUGCGAUCCAGUUUACGCAUCACCAGAAGGCGGUGCUCGUAGAUGUGGAUGACUACACCUUCCAGCGAAACGCGCCACCAGUGAACAUGCGACAGCUAACCCAUCGAAGGGUUGCCGCAUUUAUUGGUGGUAUCGACCUGUGCAAUGGAAGAUAUGACAAUCAGUCUCACCCUCUGUUUCACACGCUCCAUGUUCCUACGCACGGCGAAGACUACUACCAAGGGUGCAUUCCUUCUGCGACACUCGCUCAUGGUGGUCCUCGCCAGCCAUGGCACGACAUCCAUUGCCGGCUGGAAGGGCCUGCAGCAUACGACGUAUUGAAGAACUUCACGGAAAGGUGGGAAAAAUCAGCCCACCGAUUUGAUGACUCUCUCCUUGAGCUCAAGGACAUCCAAUAUGUUCUCUCCCCUGCCGAGGACUGCCCACGUGAAGGUGAUCCGAGGGUGAUGGUUACACAUGACUCGCAGCCGGACUCGUGGCACGUUCAGGUGUUCAGAUCCAUCGACUCUGGCUCUGUCAGGGGUUGGCCGACCAAUCAGGUUGAAGUACGGGCUCGUGGCUUGCUCAGCGGAAAGGGUGUCAUCAUCGAGAGAAGCGUACAGGAUGCAUACAUCAAUGCCAUUCGGUCCGCGCAGCACUUCGUAUAUAUUGAGAACCAGUACUUUAUGGGCAGUUCCUAUAUGUGGGCUACCAACAGGAGUGCAGGUUGUGACAACUUGAUACCUGCCGAAAUUGCGCUGAAGAUUGUGGACAAGAUCCGCCAGAAUGAGAGGUUCGCGGCGUACAUUGUCAUCCCAAUGUUUCCGGAGGGUGCACCUGACAGCGGUGUGGGCCAAACUCUUCUCUAUUGGCAGUACCAAACCAUCGAGAUGAUGUAUAAGCUCAUCAGGUCUGCGCUGAUUGAGACCGGGAAGACGAACUCUCAUCCUCAGGAGUACCUCAACUUCUUCUGUCUUGCGAAUCGAGAAGCGCCCGUACCAAAUGAGCCCAGAAGGACUACAGCCCCUCAGCCCAAUUCGCCUCUGGACCGGGCGUACCACAAUCGUCGAUUUAUGAUUUACGUGCACUCGAAGAUGAUGAUUGUCGACGACGAGUAUGUCAUUGUGGGAUCCGCGAACAUAAACCAACGGUCGAUGGAUGGAACGCGCGACACGGAGAUUGCGAUGGGUGCAUUCCAGCCACGAUACACAGUUUCCAGUUCGAAUGGAAGAACUCCUCGAUCGGAUGUAUACGGGUUCCGGUUGUCGCUGUGGGCGGAGCAUCUUGGCGGGCAUUUCAUGCCAGAGUUCAACGAGCCAUCUUCGUUGGAAUGCGUCAAUCGUGUGCGAGGGGCAGCAGCAGCCAAUUGGCAGGACUACAUGGCACCCAACAUUGUGAACAUGAGAGGGCAUCUUUGCCCCUACCCCAUCAGGGUGGAGAUGGAUGGAUCGGUCAGGACAUUGCCAGGGGUGGAAACAUUCCCUGACUUGGGCGGGAAGAUACUCGGUGGUACGGCGUUCCAUAUCCCUGAGAUUCUGACGACGUAGCUCUUCCUCCUACUCUGGUAUGUAUCCGAAGCUACCUUCCCUUGCAAUUGGAAGGUUGAAGGUUCAAGUCUGUUUUCCAAUGCUGUUGCCACAAGGUAUGUUGGCUGUUUUUCUGAGUAGCGGGUUCUUGCAGCAAGACAGGGGACGGGGCAAUGUUUUCUCCAGCUGUUUGAAGCUGUGGAGAAUCCAUAGCCACACAAGCCUUGGUCUUAUGGUGUUUCCAUUUCUACUAAUUUUCUAGUGUUUGCAGUGUCUUGCAGUAGCAGAUAGUCGGCAUCGGGAGAACACUAGGAGAGAUCUGUCUCGCCUAUCCUUGUUUUUCUUUUCUUUUUUGUUUCCGGGAAAUCAUGUAUUCGAUAAAUGAAGCGGAAAGUUUGGGCAUGCCUUCUCGAUAACCUCCAAAUUUAACAAUGACAUAUACUUCCUCGGAGACCCACCGAUGCAGUUUACCUGUUUCGAUGGCUAGCUAAGGUCAUACCCACAGGAAGGCUGUCCUUGAUCCUAUCCGACCUUUUUAUUAUGUCCAGAAUUCAAAAUGCAGUAGGGAAAAGUCCUAGUGUGAAUGUGACAUAAAAAGCAAUGCAUAUGCGCUCCCUUUAUGUGCACGUAGCAAACAUUAGGUGUAAAUUAUCGCCGUCCACCAUUUCCUUGUCCACGUGGCAAGCCGUUGCUGUGAUUGGUGUUGUUGGAACGGAAUGCGACAGUUCGAUAGUUGUACGUUUCUGCGAUACUUAUAGCGGUAUCCGUUCGAUUGCGCUGAAUCGGUGAAAGAAUGGAGCACAUGUGGUUGGCAGUUGCUGCCUCAAGCUGGGGAUUGUUGGUUGUAAUGAUGCAACACAAGUCACUCAACCUCUGCGUACUUCUAUAUUGUUGGUGUAUUACACCGCCAGUUCACCCGAAGCAGAAAAGGGCUGUUGCCAGUGUUCACGGUAAUAGCUUGUGGAUUUGGGCCUAGGCCGGCAGGGAACACGGCAGGCCCGCUUUGAAAAUACGCAGUCUCGGGCUCGGUACCCUUGGAAGGUAGCUUUGUCAACUUAGGCUCGUGUGAACUGGUGGUAUAUAACCGUUUUGAGGAGGCCAGUGAUUGCAUCGGCUCUGUGUUCAGGAGUCCAGGUGAUCAUUGUGUUGGUUGUCUGGCCGGCGACAUCGAGUAUCUUUGACCUACUAUCAGGACCUGCUUCCAUUAUGAGUACAGACAGCAGAAUUACCGACGUCUCUCGUUGGUCGGAACGACAGAGCGUGCAUCGAGUACGAUUUGACAUUUGGCCCUCUGGCACUCUUUUGUGUUUUCGUUUUUGGUAAACAGGUCUGGCGAGUCGGUGUGUCCCUCAAGAUGUCCACAGCAGUCAAUGAACGACGAAUUGGUUGGGUAAAUAUUAUUUACUAAGAAGAUCACAAUAUGUGGAGGUGAGUUCCUCAGGGAAGGCUUUGGCAAAAAUAACUUACUCAACGCAGUGUUGAGAUACUCUUUGACUGUGGGCACUGUUUGUGUUUUAUAGCUUGGAUUGGGCGGAAACUUCGCCGGAAAGUGACAAAUCAUCAUGGGAGAACACAAAAUUCGCGAAUGAAGGAAGCUCUUCUCAGGGCAGGCUCUGAUAAAACAGGGAACUUUCUCGUGCGCUGAUUGUUGCAUUGUGAUAGUUUUCACUGAUGACAGUUUGUCACUGUGCACCUCUUCUGAGGGCAGGCUCUGACAAAACACAGACCUUCCUCGUGCGCUGAUUGUUGCAUUGUGAUAGUUUUCACUGUUGGCAGUUUGUCACUGUGCGUUAGAUCGUGAACGGUGCUCGUGACGACAUACACUUUCAGGGGAGAGGUCGAGGAUCGAAGCCACUGGACCAUGUGAUGCGGUGCGUGUGUUACGAGUGAAAUGCAGUGUCCUUCUUCUUGUAGUUUGGACAUCCAUCAUGCUCUGAAUUUUGGACUUCGUUUUAUCUCAAGUUAUUUUUCAUCAUUUGGUAUGGGAGUUCAGAUUUUCUAAUAAAGAGAUUGGCGUUAU